CAACAGUCGUAGCGCUGCUGCGGACCAGCAACCAUGGCGGAGCCGGAGUCCCUGAGGUGCUCCAGUGUCAGAAACCGUGGCGGCGUACAGAGGGUCGAGGGGAAACUACGAGCCAGCGUGGAAAAAGGAGAUUACUAUGAAGCUCAUCAAAUGUACAGAACUUUAUUUUUUAGGUAUAUGUCACAAGGAAAACAUGCUGAGGCCAGAGAACUGAUGUACAACGGUGCUGUGCUCUUCUUCAGCUAUAACCAGCAAAACAGUGCAGCAGAUCUGUCCAUGCUGGUGUUGGAGGUUCUGGAAAAGUCUGAUACCAAAGUAGAGGAUGAAAUAUUAGAAAGCCUGGCCAAGCUCUUCAGCUUGAUGGACCAGAACUCUCCAGAGAGAGUGGCCUUUGUAUCCAGAGCUCUGAAAUGGUCUACUGGAGGCUCCGGCAAGUUGGGCCACCCUAAAUUUCAUCAGCUGCUGGCUGUCAUCUUGUGGAAAGGUUCCUCUGCCUAAAGAACAAAAACAGUGCUUCUAUGGUGUUCAGCACAUACACAGAGAAACACCCGUCCAUAGAGAAGGGCCCCCCCUUUGUCCAGCCUCUACUAAACUUUAUCUGGUUUCUGCUGCUGGCAGUGGAUGGGGGUAAGGUAACAGUUUUCACAGUGUUAUGUGAGCAAUAUCAGCCUUCCCUGAAGAGGGAUCCUAUGUAUAAUGAGUAUCUGGACAGAAUAGGACAGCUUUUCUUUGGUGUUCCCCCCAGACAGUCUCCAUCAUAUGGUGGUCUGCUAGGGAACCUGCUGAACAGUCUGAUGGGCUCUGGUGAGGAAGAGGAUGGUGUUGAAGAGGCCCAGGAGGACAGCAGUCCCAUAGAACUGGACUGAGCCUGCAGAAGACCAGAUCAAAGCCAGAUGAAGCCCACUCUGCCUCCUCACCUGAUGGGGGCGGGGCCAGGUGUCAUUCCUCCCCUCCUCCCUGUCUGUGGACAGACUGCAGCAGUCUGUCAUCAUGUUGAACUCUUAGGUUUUAUUUAAGCAUCAGUUUGUGUGUAGCUUGUUUAGGGUUGUGAUGUGCAGAUGAACUGUUGUGUGUGUGUGGAAAGCUUUAAUGAUGGUGAUGAUGGCAGCGUUGUGUUAUCAGGAGUGCAGCAGGCCUCGUUUGUAAUAAAGCUUCAGUCAGCUCACUACAGUUCUGAUGUUCAUCACUCAGACCAGAUCAGACCAGACCAGACCAGACCGGAUCAGACCGGAUCAGAGCUGCAGCUGCAGCAGCUUCAUGUCUUCUGUCCCUUCUGUCACAUGUACAUUAAAAUGUCCUUCUGACCACG